UUUUAAUUUAAAUUAUAGAAUGCCUGUCAGUCUCUUCCAACCACUACAAUAUUUACCAAGCAUAGACUCCCCAUUGAGCGACAAAUUGGAAGCUUUGUGUGCCCAAGUAUUGGAGGAAAUUCGUUCAAACCAACUUAAAGUCCCCGAUGUUGAAUUUUUUGAUCCUAAAGCAGACAAAUAUGCUUUGUAUCGACAUGUUUAUUUAUUUGCUUGUCAAGUGAUUUUUGAACGAUUUACUAAUAAUGAAUGGGCGUUGUUGAAAAAUUCAGCAGAAUUAAAAGAAAAAAUUAGCAAUAUAUUUGCCCAUUAUUACUUUAACAAAAUAAUUGUAACCGAAGCAGAAUGUUUUGAAGAUUUUUUAGAAGCUUUGGAUGCUUCCAUGCAUGUACAGUUUCCUGCUUUGCGCAGGGAAUGUGAAAGAUAUAUUUGUGGUGAAGUUAUUGCUGAAUCAACAGAUUUGUCUUUGGCUAAGAAAAUGCUUGUUUUGGCUGCUAGGUUUAACCUGCCUGUUUUAAAAAUGGUAUCUUUUGGUGUUAUAGUCGAUCGUCUUUUGUUGUUACAAGAUGGAAACACUCAAAAUAACAAUAGUAAUUCAAAUUCUCUUACAAAUAUAUCAGAUGAAAUUACUGAAAAUAUUUCAAAUCGAAAAUUCGGGCGUGGAAGUCAAGAUAGCGGUAAUAUGACUCUUGAAAGUAGUAUGGAUGAAAUACGUGAAGAAUUGCUUGAAAUUGCUGAAAAAAUAAAUCACGUAGAUCACAGCAACAACCAUCACCUGUUCCAUUCAUCCUCUGAUAAUAUAGAAAAUUCAAAAAGUCAUCAAAAUCAGCAACAAAAACAAUUAAAAUUUCGUCGGCAACACAGUAACAGUUUGUGUAGUCCAACCUCCCCAACAAACCCCCAAUUUCCAAAAAUAACAAAAUCCACAACGUUUUUGUCAAAUUCAGCUCUUUUGAAUGAUAAAGAUGAAGAGGAAGAAGAAGAUGAUGAGGAAGAUGAUGAUUCUGAUGAGUUUGAACCUGGAAAUGAAACACUUGUGGGGACUGUUGUUUCCCAACUUGAACAAAUGGCUAGAUAUAUAAGAAAGGUUUCUAUGCCUCCUGGGGCUAGUCCGGCGCCGUUAAGUGAAACAAUAAAUCAAAACAACAAUGAGGAUUUAAUUAUUCCUUCAUCCUCCUCUCCAUCAGUAAUGAACGAAACUAAUCAGAACAAUAAAAAUUUAAAUCAUCGUCGUUCUAGUUUAAUGACUUGCAGAGAAAUGUUGCUUCAACAAAAUUUAAAAGAAGAAGAAAAUUAUUUAAAUAAGGGAAUUGGGAAGGAAGAUAAUACUAGCAACUUUUUUAGUCAAUUAUAUGCUGGGACUAAAUUAAAUAAUAAUACAAUUGUAAAUUCUGAUUGUAAUUAUGUAGAUCAGAAUGAUGGGCAAUACAAAUGUGAAUCAGAAGUCAAUACCAAAAACAACAACAAUUUAUUUAAUAAAUUGCCACACUCUUCUAAAGUAAUAACUAUAAGUGAUAAAGUUGAUGUAAUAGAAGAUCCAUUUUCUAAUGAAGAAAUGAGAGGGAGAAAUGUUAAUUUUGAGGAGGAUAAUAAUUAA